AUGAGCACCGGGAAAAAAAGAACCACAACUGGAGAAACAGCAGCAACAAUGAACCGGAGCAGGAGGCUCGUCGGAGCAAUGGGGAUCGAUCAAGGCAGUGGAAGGCAUCUUAAUCGUGAUCUAUUCUUCCUUUCUAAUGGAUCUUGUUAUUGUGUUUAUUUCUUAUUUCAUGUGAGCUACUCGUUGACUGAUAAAUAUGCCCCAUUAAAGAUGGAGGAGUGUCAGGAAACUACUAAUACUAAGAUCACAAAAGAAAGACGUGUAUCUGGGCAAUAUAUGCCAAGUGGAAGAGAACGAGAACCACACCAGUCUAUAGCAGUUUUGGAUGAUUAUGUUGAGGUAUUACUGAAUUAG